UGAGUACCAGGUGUAGCUGACAGCUCCAGUAGCAGGCGCAGGCUGAUCUUUAGGAUUUGUAAUGUCUAAACCUAAAAGUAAAAGUGAAAACGCUUUUGCACAUGUCGGAUGUGCAAUUCUUCUUUAUCACUAACUCCUACAUGCCGUUUAUACUCCCAGCAGUCAUGCUUUAUUAAACGAGUCGCUGUUGCGCCAUUUUAGGCAGCUUGUUGAACAGGAACUGACGUGUCUGGGACUAGGUGAGUACAUUUUCCGGCCUUAAGGAAAUAUCCAGCUUGAAAUAUCGGAAAGUUGGAAGGCAUUAUCUCCAGUAGGAAUCUGCUUUUUUUUUAAUUGACUAUCCUUGUUCAUGGCAAGGCGAAGUUACAAUGGACCAGAUGUCCAGUGGCAAUGGCUAUGAGCUGGACAAUUUGGCCACUUUUACAGUGGCUCGCCCAAAGGGACCAGUGGGGAAGGACGAGGCUUUGCGCAUGGAGGUAGACGCAUUGGAUAAAAUGCAACAUGGACGGAGAAACAAAAUCCAAGCCCAUGCAUUACAUAUGAAAGCUCGUCCUAAUGCACAAGUAUCUGUAACAUCGCUCAACCAGCGGGAGAAAGACCUCAUUGUCUUUGCAGAUUCCGAACCCAAUAAGGAGACAGAGAAAGACUCAUUUUCAGACAUUAAUUUAGAAACAUUGACCGAUAAGGAGCUGGAGAAGCUGCUUUUGGAUGAUAACUUUGGCAAGUCCUCAUCUCUGUUGCGACGCAACCUUAGUGCAUCGAACAUGGGUGGCCAAGCUUUCAAUCAAAAUCCUUUACACUGGACAUCCACUUCAAAAUCCACUAUACCCACCCUGACUCACCUGCAGGGCUCAGUUUUUCCUUUCCAGUCUCUUCACCUCUCUGCCCAACAGAGCCCUUUUCUUCCUUUUGGGUCAGUCCAGCCAGUCACUCCUCAGGUUUUUCAUCAGCCAGUCAUCAGCCCAGAAAUGGCUAAGCUCUUUGACAAGAUUGCUAGCACUUCGGAGUACGUGAAGAAUGGCCGGUCUUCCAUUGUGGCUGAAAGUUCUGUUAGCGUCAAGUCUCUGGAACCCGUACUCCACUCUACUGAUCCUCCUAACAUAAGCCGCUUCGACUGGCUAGAUCUGGACCCUCUCAACAAGCGCAGAGUGGAGGUAGAGGAGAUUCCUGGGGCACUAUGUGGACCUUUGAUAGUGGAGUCUGUGCCUGCUAGUGACCCCUGGGAUGCAGUGUUGCAAGAGGAGACAGAGGUCACAAAGAGCAACAGUUCUGAUUCUCAGAAACAAGACAAGUGCACUGUAUCUUCUCCAACCAGAAGGGCCUCUACAGGAAUGGCAAUUACCAAGAACCACGUGCCUGCAACCUUCCUACGCAGCCAGAGUAAAAUCACUAAUGAAAGUGGGAAUGUGCUUCCGAAGAGUGUUAUUUUGCAAGAAAACUGGGGCCAGAAUUUAGAAGUCUUAGCAUUCUGUGAAGACAUUGCAAAACUAAAAUCAAAAUUUGCAUAUGAUGAUCAUUCUACCAAUCCUGGGUAUGUUUUGAGCCCAGUGAUCUCUCACAAGGAGGUAGGGGGAGACAAUAAUAGCAGUGUGAAAGUUUCCAUUGAAAUUUUGGACUCCCAACAGCCUUUGACCUUCACCUGUGAUGUGAGUUCACCAGUGGAGCUGUUGAUAAUUCAGGCGCUGUGCUGGGCCCAUGAUGACUUAAGCCAAGUGGACAUCAGCAGCUAUGUCCUGAAGGUUUGUGGCCAGGAACAGGUCCUACAAAAUAAACACAGUCUGGGCAGCCACGAGUAUGUGCAGAAUUGCAGGAAAUGGGAGACUGAAAUAAAGCUGCAACUCCUUACUCACAGCACCAUGAAGAGAGACCUCGCCCGAACAAAAGAUGACGAUACCUCACCAAUUGACUUGGAGAAAUACCUUGGUGAUAUCGAGAUGCCGUUUAAGAAAACAGUCACAAGAGAGAACAUCGCUGAACGUUUAGAGGAAUAUGACAAGCAAGUCAACAUCUGCCUUCAGAAUGAGAGCACACGGUACAAAGCAGUGGACCGAGUAAUCCAAGUGGUUAAAACUUUGUGUUAUUUGCUGGAUGAGGUGGAAACACCAGCCAUAACUGAUGCUGUGCGAAAACUGAAGCAUUCGGUCAACCUUUCUAAAACCUGCUCAUCAGAGGGUAAUGGCAGGUCAGGAAUUUCAACUAACGGUCAUGCAAGUGCAGUGGAGGAGCACCUAACGGCCCUUACAAAUGCAGUGUAUGAUUUGGUCAAGAUCUACCUCAGCUCAUUCUGCCUGGCCUUGCCUGUUCAUGCGGACGAAGAUCAUCCAGAAAAGCAGAGGGACAGCAUAGAGGUGUCAGGCAUCACUGACUAUGUACACGUCAUGCUUUUUGCCCUACAUGGAAUUUCUACCGCAUGGGUUAGCAGUUAUGAAAAGUUCUACAUAAUGUGUUCUUUGAUGCACAAUGGUGGGAAUCUUUUGAAGCCCAUCAAGUCCAAGAAAGUUGGGAUAUACAAGAGCUUCUUCUAUCACAUCAAAUGGGAUGAAAUGAUAAACUUUCCCAUCUCGGUCUCCUUGUUACCUCUGGAGACUGUUUUGAGCCUGUCUCUCUAUGGAGUUCUCAACCCGAAUUCUAGCAACUCUCCUGAUUCCAACAAACAACACAAGGGUCCAGAACUGUUAGGAAAAGUCACCGUACCUCUCUUUGAUUUUAGGCGGGUGUAUGCUCAAGGGACUAAGCUGCUGAGUUUGUGGACAGCUCCUACAUUUUCCUUGCCUGGAGCUGUAGGAAAGAAUAAGAACUCGGAAGAGAGAAUCAUACUGCAGAUAGAUUUACCUAGUCUACAAGAGGAUGUGCUCUACGUAAUUCCCCCAGAGACGCCUUUCCCUGACCUUCAGUCUCUAGAAACGCCUGAUCCAGACAUCCGAAGGAGGAUUGAAAAGCUCUGUGCAUUAGCAUCAUCUUCCAGACUGACAAGGGCAGACAUGCAGUUUCUUUGGGAAAAGCGGUACCACUGCCACAAAUAUGAACACAGUCUUCCUAAGAUUUUAGCUAGCGCACCAAGCUGGAACUGCAUCAACAUAGCUGAGAUCCACAAACUCCUACACCACUGGUCCCCACUAUCUCCUGUCUGUGCCUUAGAGUUGCUAGAUUCAAAAUUUGCAGAUACAGAAGUUCGGCACAUGGCUGUAAGCUGGAUUGAGAUGUGUACUGAUGAUGAGCUAACUGACUACUUGCCUCAGCUUGUACAGGCUCUAAAGUAUGAAAGACAUUUAAAAAACUCCUUGGUUAUGUUCCUGUUGUCCAGGGCACAAGGAAAUGUCAAUGUUGCACAUCAACUUUACUGGCUGCUGAGGGAUGCCAUACAGGAGGCUGUGUUUGGUGAGCGCUAUAGCCAUGUGCUUGGAGCUCUGCUUUGCAUGUGUGGUGCUGGACUAAGGGUUGAAUUCGAGAAGCAGACGUGCCUAGUGCAAUUACUGGGAGCACUGGCAGAAAAUGUGCGCCAAUCCAGCAGCUCGAAUCGACAGAUGGUGCUCCAAGAGGGUCUAGAAGGAGUCCAGUUAUUUUUUCAGAAGGACACCUGCAGACUUCCCCUGAGUCCCAGUCUAGUGGCCAAGGAACUUAAUAUAAAGGCCUGCUCCUUUUUCAACUCCAAUGCUGUGCCACUAAAGCUUGCGCUGGUCAAUGCAGAUCAGCUGGGAGAAGAAAUUAAUGUCAUGUUUAAGGUGGGAGAGGAUUUGAGACAGGACAUGCUGGCACUACAGAUGAUUCGGAUCAUGGAUCGAAUAUGGUUACAGGAAGGGCUGGACCUACGUAUUGUCAACUUCAAAUGCAUCUCAACUGGAAAAGACAAAGGCAUGGUAGAAUUAGUCCCAUCCUCUGAGACACUAAGAAAGAUUCAAGUGGAAUAUGGCGUAACAGGAUCCUUUAAGGACAAACCUCUGGCUGAGUGGCUACGGAAGUACAACCCUGCUGAGGAUGAGUACGAGAGGGCAUCAGAAAACUUCAUCUAUUCAUGUGCAGGCUGCUGCGUGGCUACUUAUCUGCUUGGCAUUUGUGACCGGCACAAUGACAAUAUUAUGCUUCGUACCACGGGGCACAUGUUUCAUAUUGACUUUGGAAAGUUUCUUGGCCAUGCACAGAUGAUUGGGAGUUUCAAAAGAGACCGAGCACCGUUUGUCCUGACCUCCGAUAUGGCCUAUGUCAUCAAUGGCGGUGAAAGACCCACAAGCCGCUUCCAGCAUUUUGUGGACCUGUGCUGUCAAGCAUACAAUCUGAUCCGCAAACACUCCAGCCUCUUCCUUAACUUGCUGUCCCUGAUGAUGCAGUCAGGCUUACCGGAGUUGACUGGAGCCCAGGACCUGAAAUAUGUGUAUGAUGCUCUGCAGCCUCAAAGUACAGAUACGGAAGCAACCAUUUUCUUUACCAGGUUGAUUGAGUCCAGUCUUGGCAGUGUAGCCACAAAGUUUAAUUUUUUUAUCCACAACUUGGCCCAGCUGCGUUUUUCUGGAAUGCCAUCUAAUGAUGAACCCAUCCUGUCUUUCUCUCCACGCACAUACACCCUAAAGCAGGACGGUGGUAUUAGAGAUGCUUCCAUCUUCUCUUUCCAGAAAAGAUACAACCCUGAUAAACAUUAUACAUAUGUAGUGCGCAUUUUAAGGGAGGGCCAGAGUGAACCUCAAUUUGUCUUCCGUACAUUUGAUGAGUUCCAAGAGCUGCACAACAAGCUCACCAUAAUAUUUCCUCUAUGGAAGAUUCCAGGGUUCCCCAACAAGCUGGUUCUGGGACGGCAACACAUCAAGGAAGUGGCCUCCAAAAGAAAGGUGGAGCUGAAUAUUUAUGUACAUAACCUCAUGACGAGUUCAGCAGAAGUUGCACAGUGCGAUCUUAUCUACACAUUCUUCCAUCCACUCGCUAAAGAUGACAAAACAGAGGGACUGGAUGGACUUCUUAAAGUACCAGAAGAGAUGCCACCAAGUCCUGCUGCUGGGCGCGUAGGUGGAGAAGUGAAGUUAUCACUGUCUUACCGAAAUGGAACUCUGUUCAUUAUGGUUAUGCACAUCAGAGACCUUGUGUCUGAUGAUGGAGCAGACCCCAAUCCAUAUGUUAAAAUGUACCUGCUUCCAGACUCCCACAAAACCUCAAAGCGAAAAACAAAGGUCUCCAGGAAAACCAGAAACCCCACGUAUAAUGAAAUGUUGGUGUACAGUGGCUACAGUAAGGAGACGCUGAAGCAGAGGGAGCUCCAACUGCAUGUGCUAAGUGCCGAGUAUUUGCGCGAGAACUGCUUCUUAGGCGGAAUCACCCUCAGCCUCAAAGACAUUGACCUGAGCCAGGAAACAGUCAAGUGGUACAGGCUUACAGAAGUCCCCUUCUAAUCUAACAGGACCAGAGAAUGACAUCAAUGACUUGACAAAGGACAAUGAUAUUUAAUAGAAAUAUUCUAUCUAAAUAAUAAAUCUAGAAGACAACUCCAUACAGAUUUUGCAUGUUGUCCUCUAAAUCCUGUCACAUGACUUCUGCAGUAUAUUUGCAUUUCACUUUAAAAACUGAUAUUUUUGUACAUUUUGUCAUUAGAGGACCAAAAUCAGUUAGAGUAUAUGUGUAUAUGGACAUGUAUAUUUGAAAAAAGGGAUUUUUACACAUUCUACUUUACUAUAUAAAAAAAGCAUUAAUAUCCUUUUUAAUGGAUUAAAAAUUUAUUGUGAGUAGACAGGUACAGGAAAAUCAUAAAUGGUAGUGGUCAUGUGCCAAAUGAACUGAAAUGACUACUCAAAAUACAGAAGGUUUUUCUUCCCUGAAAGUAUUAGGUUUCCUAUAUUACACUAUUCAUUGUUGUUGACUCUUCUAAUGGUUUUCCAUCUAUGGUGCACAUUAUUGAAUGCUAAACUGAUUCUUUUGAUCUCAUUCCAGUUUCAAAAUCCUCUCAUGAAAUGUCUAUUCCAGUACUUUUUUUUUUGUUUUGUUUUUUGUUUGUUUUUAAUACUUAGGAGUGUUAUGGCAAGAACAUUGGAUUGUAAUCUAAUCAACUUUCUUGUGCUACUAAGUAAACUAAAAUGAACCACGAGUUAGAAAUCUUUUUUUUGUAUAAUGGUUUUUAAACUCCACUCGUUUUUUUGAGUAUUUUAAUUGGCUAGUCGUUAAUCUAAACAAAGUAGUGUAUAAUGUAUUCUUUUUCCUCCACAUGGCGAAUUAAAUGUAUUUAAAUAAGGUCUUGAAUUCAUUAUUUUGAAUUGGAUAGUUCACUUAUAAUAGUAUUUGUUGUUUAUAGUUAGUCAGGUCCAUGAUCAAUUUGAAGAUCAGCAGAUAAAAUUUCAUUAUUAAUGUUUGGUGAAAAGAUUUUUCAUGGGGAUUUUACAUAAAAAAAAAAAAAAUUCAUGAAAAUAAAGGACCAGUAGACUUCAAUGAUCCAUCAUCAUAUUUUACAGUGCUGUUUCUUUCAUGUAGUUGCCUUUGAUUUACCAGACAUUCAGAUUGUCACUGUAUGGAUUUUGAACACCUGACUAUAAGAUUCCUUUGCUGUUCUAAUAAUCUCCAUUCUUGAGAUGAUGUUUUACUGUUUUGUGGUGUAGUGACAAAUUUGUGCUCAAUCAGCAAUAAUGGCAAUAAAGUCUGGUACUGAUGUAGGAUGAGAA